AUGAGUGAAUCAAACCAAACUAAGAAUAUCAAAAUUAAGAUUGGUUCAAUCAACUGUAGGAACCUUAACAAACAAUACAAUCAAAACACAACAACACAAUUCAUAAGAUAUCUCAAAGGAGAACUAUGCAACAUAUUACUAUGCCAGGAAACCAAUACUCCAUCACACUCGUUUGACACUGUUACAACUUCCUUCAAAUACCAGUUCCAAUACCACCAAGCCAUCUGGACCGGACACUGUGGAAUUAUCAACUUCAAUCAAGCCUUACACCUGCAACAACUAAAGACCUUUGACGAUGGAAGAGCUAUAUUGGCUAAGCUCUCUCUUGUCGACAAUAAUAUGCCACCUAUGUAUAUACUCAAUAUUUAUGCACAUGCUGAUGACUAUAGGGCCAGGAAUCAGCUUUUUGGUCAAGUUAUCACUCACCUCAACACUAUGCCUGACAUUCUGCCAUCGUUACUGAUCGCAGGGGAUAUGAACUAUUGUUUUGACAAUGCCAGUUAUCACCACUCUCACCGAGCAGGUAAACCGAAACAGUUUAUGGAAUUCUUGAACACCCAUUUCUCUGAUUGCCUCAACCCGAGAAAUGAACCUCAUGCAUACACCUUCAAGCGCGGAUCAACCAUGUCUACUUUGGAUUACAUGUUUGCUGGACAGGAUAUAGCUUCAAAGAUGAGCGAUGCCACCAACUCGUUCCUCCGUCCUGAAUGGACUGAUCAUGCUCUUGUGACCAAAACUUACACAACCGGAUUGACAAACUGUGGUAAAGGCAUUUGGCGUGCAAACCCUCACCUUGCCAAAAAUCCUAGGUACAGACAGAAGUUGGCUGAUGAAAUCGAGAGAUUCGUGGCGACCAAAUUGGACUACAAUCUUUCAGCUCAAGACAAGUGGGAUUUGAUCAAGCGGAAGACCAAACAGGUUACUAUCAACUUUGCUAGACACCAUGAUACUUGGAGAAAGGCCAGAAUCAAGGCGCUGCAAAGCGAGAGGAAUAACUUGCUGCGAUGCUACCGGAAUGACAUUGAGAGCUUGAAACUGCUGCUGCCGGAUGUGGAGGGAGAGCUAUCCAAGCUACAGCAGGAAAUUGUGGAGAUUCAGAUGUUGAAAGCAGGCCGCCGAUGGUUGGAGCAGAGUGAGAAGUCCCCAGGAUAUAUCAAACACACCAUUGACCAGCGUGUUGACCAACGGACAAUUGCAAUGUUGAAACAUCCUAGCACUGGAGAUGCUUGCCUAGACACGGAAACCAAACUCAAUGCUGCUGAAUCCUUCUACCAGGAUCUGUACACGGAGGAGCCAAUUGACAUGGAUUGCUUGAAUAUCAUGCUCGGUCAUAUUGACCGUACGGUAUCACCGGAGGAUGCUACAAUGAUUAUGGAGCCAAUAGACUAUGAUUACAUCUUGGACGGUGCCCGUCGAACCCCCAAACAGAGUAGCCCAGGACUGGACGGCAUUGGCUAUGAGAUACUUUACCUCCUUGUCUCUCACCCAAGCUGUCGUGAUAUUAUCCAUCAGGUAUUUAAUGACGCUGUUCGUUCGGCAAAGUUCCCCAAAUCUUGGCAGGCCUCAUGUAUCAUUAUCUUACACAAGAAAGGUGACAAGAGUGAUCUAGCUAACUACCGUCCCAUCACAUUGAUUGCAGCGGAUUGCAAGGUCUUUACUCGCAUCAUGAACUCUAGAGUUGUCCAAGUGGCUAACAGGAUUAUCACCCCUUAUCAAUGCGGUUUCUUGCCCGGCCGUUAUAUUGGGGAUCAUGGAAUGUCUCUCCAGGUGAUUAUGGAUAAUGCACAGUCUGCUAGCUGGCGGAACCCCUCCAACUUUACUGCCUAUGCUGGCAUCAUGCUUGAUAAUGCCAAGGCCUAUGACCGGGUUCACCCAAAGUAUCUCUCCCAAGUACUGUUAAAGUUUGGCUUCCCUGAAGCGUUUGUCACAUGCAUUACCAACCUGUUCUUCGAUAACUCCAUCUAUGUCAAUGUGAAUGGCUUCUUAACCGGUGCAAUCUCUCAGCGACGAGGGAUUCGUCAAGGUGAUAGUAUCUCGCCAGUCUUGUUCAACCUGGCCAUUGAGCCGUUCCUACUCUCCAUAGUCAACAAUGUGAACCUCUCAGGAUACAACCUGCAACACGUCAAGCUCCCGCACCAAAUACAGAACCCAUGGAUAUCUCCUGCUCCCAUCAAGGUCCUCGCGUACGCCGAUGAUGUCCUGUCCUUUGUGAAGUCGCAAGAUGAAUUAGUUGAGCUCCAGGAUCGUCUCAGAGUGUACAAUCAAGCCUCCAAUGCCAAGAUCAAUUACAGUAAAUCCGUCGCCUUCCCGCUGCACGGCGGUAAGAUGAAAGAUACUGAUGGCCAACAGGUCAAACGUUAUGUCACUACUCAACUGCGUAUGAAGUGGUACGACAGCCACUCCACGGGUUAUAUCAAGUAUCUUGGAUACCCACUCUGGUUUGCUAAUCACCAACGCGAUGUCUUCGUCUCAGAGCUACUGGGCAAUAUCAGGGUCAUGACUGACAUCUACGGGUCUAGAAAGGUCUCACUCUACGGCAAGGCCAACAUCGCCAACACGCUCAUCCUCUCCAAGCUGUGGCAUGUUAUCCGAGUUGUGUCGCUCCCUCAAGAGGUUUUGAAAAAGAUCAAGUCCACCAUUUACCAAUUUGUGAUGUCCGGUUUGUUCCCACCGCUCAAGGCAAACUCAUUCUUUCUACCUCGUGAUCAAGGCGGACUAGGCCUGAUCGACAUUGGCGCACAACAAAAGUCGUUACAGUUUCGAUACCUACGAGUCUUACUACUCGGUAACCAUGGCCGCCUACCUGGCUUCACAUAUCAACUGCUCACUCACGCACUUCGUCUCACAAACGACGUCGCUCAUCAUGCCCUGCCUCUCUUGUUUCCAUCUGCUCGCUACAAGAAUACGCUGAAUGGUCUCCAUCCAUUCCUAUCGAUGUUCAAUGCCAUGGACAUCUGCAGCCUUCACAGAGACUGGGAUAGACGCCCAACAAUCACUACCAUCAUGAGUCUCCCCCUCCUUGCUGCCUUCAACCCCUUUGCUGUUACAACAGACCUGGAAUUCAUGACCAAAGAUUCGGUUAGGAGAAGUUGUAUCCGCGACUUCUUUGUAUAUGACCUUGCUCAGCAUAGCCUCCAGUUUCGACCUCGGUCAGAAUGCCCCACACCAACCACCUUGAACAAAGUUCGUCGUGCCCUAGCCAACCAUCAGAUCUCCUUCCAACGCUUUGUCAACCACAACAAUGCCGGCGAGAUGGAUUUCCUGCCUUUCGUUGAAUCCAUGAUCUACCAACAACACCCAAUCUUCAAACUGCCGAAUAGAGAGCUCCGUUUCGUCAUGCUAGACAUGGCUAACCUCGAUGUCGGUAGACAUUACAGUAACCAACUCAGCAAACAGCAAUGGAAGGCAUUCUACAAGAACACGAUGCACUACUCAGCUCGCAACCUUUGGUACAGAAUGAUCCACAAACAAAGCUCAAAUCAACUGGCAAUGGCCCAACGCAAUCUUAAACAUGCCGCAUCAGACCGCUGUACCCUUUGCAAUGAAGUGGAAGACGCUCAACACCUGCUCAUCAGUUGCGUCCAUAAACUUGAUGUCUGGGACUCCUCCUUCAACGAGUUCCUUAGCUAUCCCAAAACCGCCGAUCCACAACUUAUCUACAACUCAAUUAUGCACUUCAAACUGAAGCAUUAUUAUAUCUACAAUUAUGACUUACACAUUACCAUAUAUGACCUCUUUGCCACCAUUAUGCGUACUAUCUGGAGACACCAUUAUCAACAGUUUUACAACCUCAUCCCCUUUAAUGCCAUCCAAGUCUGUCGCCACAUCCGCACAGAACUGUUAAGAUUGUCAAAUCUUAGGCAACUCUCCCAUUAG